GUUGACAUUUAGUUUGAGGUUAUUUUCGUCGUGCUUGCUUGUUUUCAUUGAAAUAAUUUGUUCAUCUUUUACGAAGUAGACAUCUACUAAAUUUUUUGAUGCAAUCUGUUGAUUCAUGAGACCUAUGAGAUAAAGUUGUGCAGGUAAUCAGAUUUGCCCUAGAAACUCCAGCAAUGACCGAGGAAAAGUGUGAUACAGAGGCUAAAAAGCCUAUGACUGGUGAAGAGAGACUAGCUCUGUGUCAGAAGUUAGACCAAGAAUUGGACGAUUUUAUAAACAGCUUGGAGCGAAAGAGAUAUACAGAAGGAUGGCCAGAAGAUCGUUGGCAGGAAGAAAUGGACAAACAUCCAUUUUUCAUGAAAUCUUCACCAAAUGCAAAUGGUGAAUUGUCACCUCUAGCUGAAGGGUUAGCAAAGCUAAAGUACGACCCUGAGGAGAACACUGUAUUGGAAUUGGCAAAUAAUUACAAAGAAGAUGGCAACUUCAAUUUCAAACAUAAAAACUACAGAUUGGCUAUUUUAGGUUACACAGAAGGCAUUAAGCAAAAAUGUGACAAUAUUGAAAUCAAUGCAAGCUUAUACAAUAACCGUGCUGCAGCACAAUGGCACUUAAAGAACUAUCGUUCUGCAUUAUUUGACAGUGAGAGAGCAUUGUCUUUUAAUCCUGGCCAUUCAAAAGCUAGGUUAAGAGCUGCCAAAUCAGCGUUAGAAGUGGCACAGUACAAUAAGUGUAUUGAACAUUGUCAAAAACUCCUUGACACAGAACCGAAAGACAAAGAAGUUAUAGACUUAUUGAAUACUGCUAAAAAGAAGCUGAUGUUUCAAGAGCGUGACCAGAGGAAGAAAGAGCGAAGCGAAGCAAAAAGUCUUGAACAAAAAGAAGGUGUUAUUAAAGCUAUUAUUGAUAGAGGUAUAAAAAUAUCUAAUUGUGAUGAUGAGGAAGAUAUUGAUCUGUCAAAGUUAGAGCCUAGUUUACCAGGCGCGCAGGAUUCUAUCGUCCAUAUAGAUAAUGGGAUCCUUAAAUGGCCAGUGUUGUUCCUGUACCCUGAAUAUCAGAUGACUGACUUUGUGAAAGCUUGUCCAGAAAAUGUCCCAUUGUUAAACCAGUUACAACAAUUAUUUCCUGCACCGUGGGACGUAGAUAACAAGUACACUGUCGAUAGAGUCAACGUUUACUUUGAGGGUUACGACAAGAUGCCUCAUGUUAUAGACCCAAAGAAGAUUCUUGGAGACUUGUUGAAGACCAAAUAUUUUGAAUUAAAAGCAGGUACACCAGCAUUUUUCAUUUUACCACGAGGUAGUCAAAUAGAGUGUAGAUUUUUAGAAAGUUAUAUUUAGAUAUUAAAAAAAUAAAUAUUUUAUUUAUAUUAUUAUGCACAUUAUUUUAUUAUAUGUAAAUUUUUCGUAACAUAUAUAAUCCAUCAAUAGGAACAACUUUUAUUAUGGGUCCACGAAAACAAAAUCAGCUGUUUCAUACAUUUCGGUCGAUUAGCUGA